AUGCCUUCAUUUUGCUACCAGACAACUGUAAAGCAGCAGAAAAAAAUUCUUGAGUUGUGGACCAGCAGUUCUGAAGAUGAGGAGAAACUGAAGAAAAUGAUAAGCAGAAAAAUAAAGAUGACCUUGUACAGAGUAGUAUUCAGACCCAUAUUGACAUUUUUGAGCGAGAGCUGGGUAUUAACGAACAGGCAAAAAGCAAGUUACAGGGACAUGAAAUACCUCAGGGCAGUCAAAGGGGUCGCUAGGAAGGAAAGACAAAUUAGAAACGAAGUUAUUAGAGAAGAGCUGGGAGUGGAAUCUGUACUACAAAGGAUUGAAGACAACCAAUUAAAAUGGUUUGGGCUUAGUAAGGCUGAAGGAACAAGGCCAAAUUCUGAGACACAUGGAGUUCAGUCCGAAGAUAAUUCGUCUCAACCAGCCACCCCACAUUCAAUUAUAUCUGAACCACUUACACCUCGGCCAAUACCACAAGCAACUUCUAGAGCAGCAAAAAUGCGUAACGAUAAAUGUGAUGAAGUCUUGGAUGUAACUCAGAAACGCUUUACAAUGCCUUCUGAUGUUGACGCCAAGUUUACGCUCAUUGGAAAAGCUUGGGCCUGCAAGUUAAAGGAACUUUCGCAAGUACAAGCAACUCGGAACUCUAAAUCGUUAUUGUACCUUGCAUAUACAACAUCCAUUAUACAAUCAGCAAAUAGUACCGUGUUUACAACCAGGGUCAUCAUAAAAUCAUCAAAUCACGCCAUCUUUGCCGACGCCUCCUUUACAAACAGGACCAUCCUCUCAGCACCAGAUACAAUCAAGUUCACAAACACUUCUGCGAUCUUCUCUUUUUUUUGUCUUUAG